UAUUUGUGAAACAAACUCUUGAAUUCUUGAGCUUUUAAGAAAAAAAAUUAUAUCCAUAUACUUUUAACCAACUAACAUUUUUAAAUUGUAAAAAAUAAAUAAUAAUAGAUUUACAUUAAACAUACAAAUUCCAAUACAUUUUACUGUGGAAACUGCAUCCUUACAGUAUCUACAUAAGAUGUGGAUUUGUAAGCUUACAUUAAACUAACCAAAAUAAUUUCAUUAGGCGGGUACGCUUAUUAUUAAUAUGCUUCAAUCGGUGUUAAUUCAAAAUAAAAUAAUAUAGGUGCUGGAUUAACAUAUUUCAUUUACUCAGUUACCUCUAUUUAAAUAAGGCAAUUACAAUGAUUCCAUUCUUCUCCAAGCUUACCAUAAUUUUCUCCAGGUUUUGGGUACUGUAAUUAUUAUAUCUAUUGUAAAUAUUAUAAUUAUAAUUUUUGCUAUGUAUUUAUAGCUGAACUGAUUGACUACCAGAGACGUUUAAUACUUACUGAAUACUACAAAUUCACUGGUUUGCAUACAAAAGAAUGGUUAUCUCAAGAUACAGAAGACAUACCUGGUUUAUUUCCUCAUCACCUAGAUCCUGGUGCCAUUACUAUACGGACAACACCUAGCAGUGGUUCUGGUGGUAAGCGAAUGCGAAAUUCAUCAAACCGAUCACCUGAUGAAGCACGAUGGGUCUGUCCUACUUGUGGUAAACGAUAUAAGUAUAGUCGUGGCUUGGCUAUGCAUAGGCGAUUAGAAUGUGGUAAGGAACCUAUGUUCCAUUGUCCCUUUUGUCCACAAAAAUGUCACCAAAAAGGCAAUAUGGUCAUACAUAUUAAGAAAAAACACCCUACCCAAUAUGAGGAACAAUCGCAAGCUGUUGUACAGGCACAUGUCAAAGCACAGCAUGUCCAAAGCGAUUAAUACAAUUUUUUCCCUCAGUAUUUUUGUUUUAAUUUAAUUUUACAUGUCUUUUAAGGCACAUGCUACUACUUAUUUAAAUUUUUAUAAAAUUUAUAUUUAUUCUAUGUUUAAAAUUAUAUUUACAUAUUUAUUAAAUUUUCAAGGUCAUAUCCUAUCACAAUACCUCCCUCUACCCUCUUGUUAUAGUUGUAAAUUUUUAUUAAAAAUAUUAUGCAAAAUUAUUGAGUUUUCUUAAUAAUCAUUAAUACUCCUAAGAUAAAUCUUGACUGAUAAUAUUAACAAUAAUUUUACCCAUAUAUGUAUUUGUUAGUUAUUAUUUUGUUAUUAUGUAUAAUAUAAAUAAUAUAUUAUACACAUGCUUAAAUUACAUGCAUUAACCAGUUUAAUCUACCUCUUUUGAUAUGACCAAGAAAUGCCCACUUCUUUCGUCCCCCACUAGACUUAAACCGUUACCUAUUUCAUAAUUGAAUUGCAAUUAUUUUAAUACCCAUUUGCAAUAAACGUGCAAUGCAUAUAUUUAUUUUAUAUCAAUAUUAUUUUUUCAGCGAUUUUGCUUGUACAUAUUCAAUUUUUAUUUUGUUAAAUUAUAAAUAUAUAUUUUUUUUUUCGAAAUAAGGUUUU